CAGGGGGUGGGGAGAGGCAGCACGGGAGGGUUGGAGAUGGGGGUCAGAGCAAGUAUUGAGGGCGGAGUCAUCAGGGCGGACCCGGAGUGGAUUUUGAGGGAGGGGAGGGGCGGGGCGGAUGGCAGCUGCCGCGUGGCGGACCGGGUUCCGAUAGGAAGUUAAGCUUGCUUUUUCCGUUCCGCCUUUAGAUCCGCCAAUGGGCUUCUGACUCGCGAGUUCUCCGGGUCCCCAUGGCAGUCCAGCGCGUGGGAAAUCCAAUUGGCUACGUCUGCCGCAGCGUAAAGCCUGGGCGAUCGGCUGCGGGCGGCCCUGCCACGUAGUUAACAGCCGAUUGGCUCGCCCCUGUUACGUCACUGGAUGCGCCGCCUCCGGCCGGAACUCCGGGCCAGCCGGUCUCCAACCAGUUCCUCCUCCUCCUGUGUUCUGGCUGCCCCUAGACCCCCACAUCAAGACGCCAUGAAGGCACUGAUCUUGGUGGGUGGGUAUGGGACACGGUUGCGGCCGCUGACGCUGAGCACUCCGAAGCCAUUGGUGGACUUCUGCAAUAAGCCCAUUUUGCUGCACCAAGUGGAGGCACUUGCCGCGGCGGGUGUAGACCAUGUGAUCCUAGCAGUGAGCUACAUGUCACAGAUGUUGGAGAAGGAAAUGAAGGCACAAGAGCAAAGGCUUGGAAUCCGAAUCUCUAUGUCUCAUGAAGAGGAGCCUUUGGGAACAGCUGGGCCUCUGGCCUUGGCCCGAGACCUACUCUCUGAGACUGCCGAUCCUUUCUUCGUUCUCAACAGUGAUGUGAUAUGUGAUUUCCCCUUCCAAGCCAUGGUGCAGUUUCAUCGACACCAUGGCCAAGAGGGCUCCAUCUUGGUAACCAAGGUGGAAGAGCCUUCCAAGUACGGUGUGGUGGUGUGCGAGGCUGACACAGGCCGCAUUCACCGUUUUGUUGAGAAGCCGCAGGUAUUUGUGUCCAAUAAGAUCAAUGCAGGCAUGUACAUCCUGAGCCCUGCUGUGCUGCAGCGCAUCCAGCUGAAGCCUACAUCCAUUGAGAAGGAGAUCUUCCCAGUUAUGGCCAAGGAGGGGCAGCUAUAUGCCAUGGAGCUGCAGGGCUUCUGGAUGGACAUUGGACAGCCUAAGGACUUCCUCACUGGCAUGUGCCUCUUCCUACAGUCACUGAGACAGAAGCAUCCAGAGAGACUGUACUCAGGCCCUGGCGUUGUGGGGAAUGUGCUUGUGGACCCAAGUGCCCGUAUCGGUCAGAACUGCAGCAUUGGCCCCAAUGUGAGCCUGGGUCCCGGUGUGGUGGUGGAGGACGGCGUGUGCAUCCGGCGGUGCACGGUGCUUCGUGAUGCUCACAUCCGCUCCCAUUCCUGGCUUGAGUCAUGCAUCGUGGGCUGGCGCUGCCGUGUAGGCCAAUGGGUGCGCAUGGAGAAUGUCACAGUGCUGGGUGAGGAUGUCAUAGUUAAUGAUGAACUUUACCUCAACGGAGCCAGCGUGCUGCCCCACAAGUCUAUCGGGGAGUCGGUGCCAGAACCUCGUAUUAUCAUGUGAAGGAUAUGCAGGGCUGGCCAAGCCCCCACUUUACCAUUGGCAGGGUAGGACUCAGUGCUUCAGAAGGCUCUGGACUUGGUGCCACUUGUAUAGGGAGGAGUGGAUGGCUCUGAAGCUGUUGGACAUCUACCUUCUGGUGGAGACAGAAGUGGACAGGAUCCUGCUGGGCAUAGCACACAGGCCCCCACUCCCUCAAGAAGCACUGGGCCAGGGCUGAAGGGAAUAAUAAUUUAAUGCUCACUGUGGCCUGGACUGGACUCAGGCUCCCUCCCACCAGUGAGGCUAUGCACACACAGGCAGAUGGGUGGGAGUGGUAAGAGCGAGGGUGAUGGGGACAGGGCCAAGGGAGCUCAUAAAUAGGACUCGGACUGCGUCUGAUGGUGGGUUUCCAGGACAGCCUAGGCAGCUGAGGAUGUGGCACUUGUGCUGGCUGCCUUGUCCCAGUCCUCUACAGAUACAAUGGUGGCUUUGCAGAAGAAGCAGUCCUUGUUGUUCAUCAGAUGCUGGUUGAUGCAGGCUCUACAGAGGGGAGGGGAGGAGUGCUACCGUGUGUCCUCACAUGCCUCCCCACCUAUUUGUCUCCAUGGGGCCCACUUACUUGCAGGAUUUGUGACCACAAGGCUGGAACACAGCAGAGAUGGGGUGGGCAUAGCAGAUUGGGCAGAGGUCCUCCUCAUUGGUGGGCUACAGGGUGAAGAGUUGGGGCCGGUUGCUCACACCUGUCCUGGUGUUUACAGAUUAUUAACAUGACAUGUACCCCUCUUAUGCCCACUCACCAGGGAGGCAGCUGCUGCCUGGGCCGAUGCCGCGGUCAGGUGAGCCAGCAUCCGUUCCACCUGGGCCAGCUCCUCAGCACUGAUGUAAUCUGCAUCUGGAUUAGUAGUGGGUAGAAUUAGGACCCCCGUAGUCCUAGAACUCAGUGCCUCUUGAAUACUCCCAGACAGGGAAUUUGCUAUUGAGGAUCCUGCAACUCUUUCCUGACCCACCCCUGGUCCACUUACAGCUCUGUAGAGAGAAGCGUUUCCGGUCAGGGGCAGGCAAGGCGGAGCCAGGUGCUAGGGGCUCUGGCUGCCCCAGGAGAUAGCGUAUAGAGCGGAGCUGGAAGCAGGGAUCAGCCAGGAGCACAGAUGUGGCUUGCUCUGUCCUGGAUAGGGAGGGCGCAUGGGUGUUAGGAAGGCUUUGAGCCUAUAUGGAAAUUAUCUCCAUGUGGGGAGAGGAGACCCCCCAGGGGUCUCAUUAUUAUGCCUUCAUUCUUCCCACCUUACUGCUUACCAACCCUUUCAAGUUCUGGGUCCCACAUGACCUGUAUAUCAGUCUAAAGAGAAAGGUGCUUGCUACCAAAUAUGACAAGUUGAAUCUGAUUCCCCAGAAUAGGAGAAAAACCACUCACAAGUUGUCGGACUUCUGCAUGAGCACCCACGUACACACAAAUAAGGAAACCUAAGGGGAGGGGUGAGGAUUCCACCUACCCCAUUAUACACUAAUCUAAUCCUUCAAGAACUGAAGACAUUCUCCCCUAAGUCCUUCUGCUCUUCAAGAGGGAAGUCAGGCUUCCAUUCAAGCAAACUGGGACACUGGAGCCCUCUGCUGGUCACACUGGCUUCUCAAGUGCCAAGGGACAUGGCUGCUCCACCCCUUAACAGCAGGAGCCAAUGGGAACUUGGGUCCCCGCCCCUGAGCGGUCAUUUCCUAGCUAGUACUUAGGAUCCAGUCAGAAAGCUCUUGGAGAAGCUAGCGGAGCUAGAAGGGCUGCAGCCCCACCUCACAACCCCAGACCAGAAGAGCAGGAGAAGCCAGGCUGGGCAGGUGGAGCCAGCAUUGUGCCUCUCAAGCAAUGGGCCAUAGGGAACCACGAUCAGCCUGUAUAGAAGUAGGUGAGUCUUGGAGCUACUGACCUGCACUGAGCUGUCCCCAUCUCCUCUCUGGUGGUCACUGCCAUGGCCUGGUUGGUGCUACUGGGUCUACUACUGUGCAUGUUGGGGGCUGGAUCAGGCACUUCAGAUUUGGAGGGUGUUCUGCCCCCUGAUCCCCACAACUGCCCCAAUAAAUGUGUCUGUGCUGCCGAUGUGUUGAGCUGUGCGGGCCGUGGGUUACAGGACUUGCCGGCAGCACUGCCUGCCACUGCUGCAGAACUUGAUUUGAGCCACAAUGCACUCAAACGCCUGCACCCAGGAUGGCUGGCGCCCCUCUCCCGGCUGCGUGCCUUGUACCUAGGCUACAAUAAGUUGGAUGUCCUGGGCCGCGGUGUGUUCACUAACGCCAGUGGGCUGAGGAUACUCGAUCUGUCCUCUAACCUGCUGAGGAGACUCCGUACCUAUGACCUGGAUGGACUGGAGGAGCUGGAGAAGUUACUUCUGUUCAAUAACCGCCUGAUGCACUUGGACCUGGAUGCUUUCCAGGGCCUGAGCAUGCUCAGCCACCUCUAUCUCAGCUGCAACGAACUCUCCUCUUUCUCUUUCAACCACCUGCACGGCCUGGGGUUAACCCGCCUACGCACUCUAGACCUCUCCUCCAACUGGCUGGGCCAUGUCUCCGUCCCUGAACUGGCUGCACUGCCCACUUUCCUCAAGAAUCGGCUCUACUUGCACAACAACCCACUGCCCUGCGACUGCAGCCUCUACCACCUGCUCCGGCGCUGGCACCAGCGGGGCCUAAGUGCUCUGCACGACUUUGAACGUGAGUACACAUGCUUGGCCUUUAAGGUGGCAGAAUCCCGAGUGCGCUUCUUCGAGCACAGCCGGGUCUUCAAGAACUGCUCAGUGGCUGCAGCUCCAGGCUUAGAGCUGCCCGAGGAAGAGCUGCACACACACGUGGGCCAGUCCCUGAGGCUCUUCUGCAACACCACAGUGCCUGCUGCACGAGUGGCCUGGGUUUCCCCGAAAAACGAGCUGCUGGUCGCGCCAGGCUCCCAGGAUGGCAGCAUUGCUGUGUUGGCGGAUGGCAGCUUAGCCAUAGGCAGGGUGCAAGAACAGCACGCAGGCCUCUUUGUGUGCCUGGCAAGUGGGCCCCGCCUGCACCACAACCAGACGCUUGAGUACAAUGUGAGUGUACAUAAGCCUCGCCCCGAGCCGGAGGCUUUCAACACGGGCUUCACCACACUGCUGGGCUGUAUCGUGGGCCUGGUGCUGGUGCUGCUCUACCUGUUUGCACCACCCUGUCGUGGCUGCUGUCGCUGUUGUCGGCGGGCCUGCCGCAACCGUUGCUGGCCCCGGGCAUCCAGUCCACUCCAGGAGCUGAGUGCACAGUCCUCGGUGCUCAGCACUACACCGCCAGAUGCACCCAGCCGCAAGGCCAGCGUCCACAAGCAUGUGGCCUUCCUGGAGCCGGGCAAGAAAGGCCUCAAUGGCCGUGUGCAGCUAGCAGUAGCUGAAGACUUUGAUCUGUGCAACCCCAUGGGCUUGCAACUCAAGGCUGGCUCUGAGUCAGCCAGUUCCACAGGCUCAGAGGGUCUCAUGAUGAGCUAGACUGCCUGGGAGUCCCCACGCAGGCCAUAGACCUCCUGCUGCUUGCCGUUGCUGCUGCGGUCUAGAGAACUGGCAUGCUGCUGGGACGUACUGUGCCUGGUUCCACAACUGCAUGUGAUCUGUACUGGAACAGUUCUUCUCACUGGUAAAGGGGUUGAGACCCCCUCACUUGCUUCUUGCUCUGCCUAGCUCAGGACAAGGCCUCAGACUACUACAGCCUGCUUCCCCUAGGACCUCAGAGUGGCCAAAUGUCCCAUUAUGAUUAUAGACCAAGCCAAUCUGGUGAGAGCCCUUGUAUCAGAGUCUUGGGACCACCCCCAGGAGUUAAUGCAGACAUCAGGGUGUGGUAUGGUAUGGAAAAGUCAAACAUACACUGCCCCGCCCCACCCCGCCCAAGGCAGGAGAUGGCAGUUCAGGAGACCCAGCUCCCACUCUAUGACAGAAGGAGGAAAUGAGCCCUCUACCUUCUGAAGAGGACCCAGUCUACUGCCUCCGGCCUCCUGGAGGCUGAAAGUCUCCUGUGGAGUCUGCUGGGCAUGCAUCCCUCCUACAGGAUGCCCCUGCAGGAGUAGCCCUGCUGUCUUCAGCCAGAGGCAGAUCCAGUCCCUUGGGCUCAUAACCCAGCAGGAAAAAGCACAGAUAGGUGACGCGUCUGGCUCUGGAGAGCAGAGGCCUCGCAAGGACUGGCACUCAACCUAAUGGCUAAACAGAACCCUCAGUCCAUGCCUCUGGCACUCCCACUGCAGGUGGUGAAGAUGGUCUGAGCCUCUCCCACGAUGAGCUGACAGCCCUGUCCUAGAUGACUGCUAAGGCGUUUUGUAAUAAAAGUGGUUCAUGCUCA